AGUCAGACUGAUCAGACUUUUGAUAGAUUGUAGAGGCUCCAGCGGUGUGGUGUUCCAUCACAGUGUGUUGCUCUCUCAACUCACAGCCUCUCUCCUACAGGGAGUAAAUAUUUAACCAGAUGGCUGUGGAGAAAAGAGCAAGUGUCUCACCUGCUGACUGGCUCUUUUAUUGUCUGUGUGUGCUGUGAACCUUGUGCUCAGGGACACACACUCAGGACUCCGUGGGCUCGUCUACAGGCUGCUGGGAUGCCAUGGAAUUUCCACACUUUACCUUCAAUCCAAAGGAGGGGAUUGAUAAUCCAGCACUGGUCAUCACCGAUGAUCCUGAGCCGGAUCAGACUGUGGUUCCCAGACUGUGCCAGCUGAAACGUCUGGAGGGACAGAGCUAUGGCUUCUUCCUGCGGAUGGACCAGGACUGCCGGGGCUUUGAGAUCAGAGAUGUGGAACCUUGGAGUCCUGCAGAGCACAGUGGUCUCAGAGAUGGAGACCAAGUGCUGGAGGUCAACGAGGAAUAUGUGGGCAACAUGGACUUCUACAGGGUGGUGAGGAAGAUCCAGUCCUGUGGUUUACACCUUUUUCUGCUGGUGCUGAGGAGAGCACAGUAUGAACAGGCAGUGUCUAUGGGUGUGGACCUGGAGAUGCUGGCCAGAGACUCUAAAGGGGAACACUGGUCCAGACCCAGACUGUGUCACAUCAGCAGAGACCUGGAGCAUGGCCUGGGGAUGACCAUUAUCUCAGUGGAAGGUCAGAAGGGCCAGUACAUGGUGAGCACAGUGACUGAUGGUCCAGCAGAGAGAGCUGGUGUCUACACUGGAGAUAGAGUGAUCUGGAUCAACGGAGUCCCAGUGUCGACGCUCACACUCUCUUCAAUCAGCAGAACUGUGAAGAAGAGCAGUGACUCAGUGACUGUGCUGGUCACUGACAGUGACAGCGAGACAAGCUACGUCAGGAGGAGGAUGCCCAUCCUGCCUGUGGUGGCAGAGUGCUGCAGCCUCCCCCACACACCCAAGACCAUCCACCUAGCUAAAGGACCUGACGGAUACGGUUUCCUGCUGAGACAGGAGAAGCUGGCAGGCACUCAACGGAUAGCUCAUGUGCUGAGGGAGGUGGAUGUGAGAAGUCCAGCUGAGGAGGCAGGGAUGGAGGAUGGAGACCUGCUGCUGGCUGUCAAUGGGCAACCUGUCGAGUCCAUGGAGCAUGAGGACAUCGUCCAAAAGAUUAAACAGAGUGGUGAUAAAGUCAUCCUCACCUCUAUAUCCAUACCAGGGAGAGACUUUUACAGAGAGUUAGGCAUCUCUCCCCUGUUGUUCCAUGAAGCAUGUCCACUGCAGGAUGCAGGCUCUGCUUUCCACCCAGACUGUGUCCAGAAUCGCUCAGGACCUUUGACCACACAGCUGUCAGAGAGAACAAGUGAUGCUUUCUUGUGAUGACCAAAACCACCAGUAGACAGAGGAUGAUGAGGAGCUCUGGCUAAAGGAAAACUGAUGGGUCAUUAAAAUCACCACUGUGUAUCUGUCCUCUGGGACCAGGUGUGUUUUGGCACUGGAUAGAUGUUUUGUUCUACUGUCAGUUAUAAACAACCAUUCAUUUUUGUGUGAGUCCUUGUAAUAUAGUCUAUGAUAAAAGCUGUGCAUUUGAAAUACUUAGCACAAUAUAAAGAAGCCUGACACAUAGAAACAGAUGCAGUUUUAAAAACUAUUUGAUGAUGACCUGUGUAAUUUGAUAAGUUGUACACUGUUUCUGGAUGUAUUCAUUCAUAUUUUCUAUCAUUUACUAGUGUCAAUCAGUGUUCUUAUGUAUAUUAUAUAAGUGAUAGACAAGUUUUUGCUAAAUUAUUAAAAAUGUUUGAAUCCCA